UAAAUAUUUUAUAUAUUUGGAAAAGGGAAAUUAUUCUAGACAUAAAAGAUUUGAUAUUUGUUGCCAUGAUUAGUUUUUCAAGUUCAGAGGUAACAUUCAAAAUUUGGGUUUUCUUUUUUUUUUAAAAAAAAAAAAGAAUUUAUGAUUUUUCUUGGACAUUUUUUGUUGCUUUAAUUUGUUUCACACAUGCACUUAUUGGUUUUCAAUUUGUACUGUUGGAUAAGCCUUAGGGAAGGAAUCAGGGGUCUUAAUUUUGUUAUGUGAUUUUUCUUGUUGAUGUUUGAGCAUGUUAGUGACUUAGAAAUCUUCAGAAUACCUUAAGAAUUGAACCUUAUUUGUAAAUAAUAUGCGUUUUAGCAUAGUGUUUGCUUACUUGGACUGCUAUUAAAUGUGUAAUUCAAUAGGUUUCUUUUGAUGAAUAAACCCUAAAGAGACUAACGUGUUGAUUUCCAGAAAUUUUCUUUGCUGGUGUAUAGAUAUAAUUAUUCGAGGAGAGUAGUGCUUAGGCAGGCUAGAGAGCAUGGACACCUCAAAUGUGUGUCCAACCGAGGAUGCUAUUCAAGCAUUUUUGGACUACUUGGUUGAGCCUAUGCUACCUAGUAAAUAUUCUUUAUGGGAAACUCCAACACUAGAUAAACAGCAGGCAGUCGCAAAACAGGUGCGUGCUGUUGUGUUGCUUUACAAUUAUUAUCACCGGAAAAGACAUCUGCACUUGGAGUAUCUUGGUUUUGAGCCAUUUUGUAAGUUGGCUUUAGUCGCGAAACCAAAUCUGAAGUCAUAUAUGAAUCUCAUGCUAAGGUCUGAUGAUACUGAAUUGAGUGACCUUGGGAAGCAGAUUUCCUUGACAGAGAAAGCCAUCAAGGAUGCAUGUGAUAUAUCUACAAGUUUAGAUGCAUCAAGGGAGGUUCCAAGCACAAAGGGAUGGCCAGUUUCAAAAGUUGCUAUAUUUUUAAUUGACCUGAGGAAAGAGAAUUGUGCCUUGCAGAAUGGUAGCAUUGCUGAGGGUGUAUGGUCAGUGAUUGAAAAAGAUGUGCCUGUGUUCUGUUGCAGUUCAGAUGGUUCUACUGAGGCAAAACAUAUGAAUAAAAACCCAACAGAAAAAAAGCAUAUGAACAAAAGAAAAAGAACCCCUAAUAAACCUUUGCAAGAUGAAUUGGGUGCUGAUGAAAGUUGCUUCCAGCAAGUUGCUUUCUCAGCUGUCAAGGAAGCAACAAAUAAUGGCAUCAGUCAAAGUGACCUCACCAUCAUAGAGAGCCAUAUUGUAUAUUCUUUGAGUAAAGAGAAGACAGCCACUCGCUUUUACAUAAUGCAGUGCGUUCAUGCAGAAAAAGACUGUUCUCUUUGGAUACCAAUUAAGGAUGUUAUUAACAGCUUGCAGGGUCCUUUAGUCAAAAAGAAUUCCUCCCACUGGAUGCACUCUUCUGCUGUUGAAUACUUCCACCUGCUUCCUUUUGUACGGAUCAUUUCUCAAUGGUUCUUGAGUUCACAGGAUCAGGAGUCAGUACUGGAAGUGGUAAAUGAAUAUGGCCCUGAAAUGACAGAAAAACCUUGUGAGCCAGAAGCUGUUAAUAACAGAAAUAGAAAUAUGAUUAGUGGUGGAGUAGUAGAGGCUCUCAGUAACAGCACCAAUGCUGAAUCAGAAAAUCAGAAUGAGAAGAAUGAGCUUUGUACAGAUGGCAUCUUGGAUGCUAUUGAUGGGCCUUGGAAUAUGGAUGUCAACGACAAUUUUGUGGUUUACUCUGAACAAACAUUAACAUGCAAAAAUCUUGCUGAGAAAGUCCAACAUGAUGCUCAGCUAAAGAUGAAUUCUUUUGCAGAGAGCGAUUCCGAUGGUGCAACUAAUGUUGCUAAGUUUGAGGUGGUUGAUUCGAUAUUUCAAAGCAUUUGUCAUUCUAGAAAAGCAGCAUGCAAAUAUAUGCCUUCUUGUCAGGAUGGGAUGCCUACAGGCAAUCAUGCUCCAGUUAUUCAUGAGUCCAACUCCGAAUAUUCUGCCAAACUACAAAAUAUUGUAGCCUCAAAGGAACACAUCUUGUCAGAAACUGCUUGGAGAGUUCUACAUAGAAAAAGGGAUAAACUGGUUCGUCAGCUACGCAAUAUUGGAGAUGAGAUUGCUCAGUGUGAUAAACAGAUCCAAACUAUUUUGAGUGGGCAUGAACAUUUCACUGAAAGAGCUGGCAAGGGGGUUGCCAGAAAAAAGCAGAGAGGGUAGAGAAAAAUCCCUUCAGCUGCUAAUCCCCUGUUACAAAGAGACCUUAUGGGCCACACAAUUCAGCCACAAAAAAGCAACAAGUCCCCAUUACAAGGGUCCUAAAUGGCAACACAGUUCAGCCACAGAACACAAGAAAAAAAAAUGCAAAGGGGCAGAAAAUAUUCAUGCCAACCUGUACAUGCAGAAAUACCCCAAAAUCAGAGAAAGACGGGUAGUUUUUGCUUUUGGUUUUGCCCUUUUUUUUUUCUUUUGAGAAGGGUGUGAAUGUUGGGUGAACUGAGUGGGUGGGUGGCCUUGAGAAUGACAGUCUGAAUUAUGCGUAUUGAGUCAAAGUAGUAGCCACAUGGAUUUUCUGGUGACCAGGAAUUCAGUUCGCUUUUCCAAUGUGAAGUUCCGGUCAUUUUCAUUGAAAUACAACAAAUGGUAAUCACAUUUUGGAUUCUUAUUUUAGAUUUUUACCUUUCCUAAUCCUAAUAUGCUGUUUUAGCUAUUGCUAAAUGCGCAGCAACUAAAUGGGUGAUUAUAUAUACAAGGCUUACUGUGCCGAUAGACUGUUUAACUCUCUUUACUAUGCUACGAGUUAAAGUCAAGCAUUAUGUACUUUCUGAGAUGUAAAUUACAUUUGCUAGAGGGGCUUCUGAAAUUUAGUUGAUGAUUGUUUUCUCCAGGACUCA